ACUGCUAAAACCUCACCUGCGGCUUCACCUUUCUUCGAGUUCGUGAAAAAGAGACGUCGCAUCGCACCGCCGUCGCCAUUUCCACCGUCGUAGCAUUGCCGCUUCACUGACUGUCGCACUGAAUAUUGUUGAAUCGAGAAAAUGGCUUAUGUUGGGCAAAGUAGAAACGUGAUUCGGCAUGUAGUCUCGAGAGGAACAGCUUAUCACAAGUAUGAAAAUGCGAUUCAUCAUCCUCUCCUUUUCGCUUGUCAAGGAGUUCGAUACAGAAAAUUAGAAGUUAUUCUUACAACGGGCAUUGAGAAGCUUGGCAAAGCUGGUGAGACUGUGAAGGUAGCUCCUGGAUACUUCAGGAAUCACCUUAUGCCAAAACUUCUUGCUGUGCCUAACAUUGACAAGUAUGCUUAUCUCAUCCGAGAGCAACGCAAGAUGUAUAAUCAUGAAGAAGUAAAGGAGGAGGUUAAGGUGGUUCAUAAAACUUCUGAAGUCCAGACAAAAGAGUAUGAAAAGGCUGCAAAGCGUCUGGCGAAUGCUAAUUUGGUAUUGAGGAAGUUAGUUGACAAGGAAAAGUUCAAAAACCGCUCCUCAAAAGACGACAAACCUGAUGUUCAAACUCCUAUCACAAAGGAAGAGAUAGUCUCUGAGGUGGCGAGGCAGCUCUGUGUGAAGAUUGAUCCAGACAAUGUGGUUUUAGCGGCGCCUUUGGAAACUUUUGGCGAGUACGAGGUGCCUCUUAAAUUCCCCAAGACAAUUCCUUUGCCACAAGGAACUGUUCAAUGGAUUCUCAAAGUCAAAGUCCGUGGCCAUUAAAUCUUCCACCUUUGAAAGUCCUCCUUCAGUGAUAGUUCUCUUCUUCAAUAUGUUUCAAUAUAGUUUUGGAAUUGCAGAAACAUAAGCAAACACAAAUCAGUUACAUUUCCCUUGACUCAGUUUUUUUUUUUUUUUUUUUGUAGUUGUAUAAACCGGGUUUACUCCGGUCUUUAAUUUAAACAAUGACUCGAAUUUUGCGAAAACCGGACUCGUCCAGAAGACGGAUAAAUUUAAUAAGUUUUGGAGUUUUGUGC